UUCAGGCAGCUGGGAGUUUCUGUCAGGCCGGGCUGCUGUUGUAACGGGUAAAGCGAAGCGGUGACUUUUUUAGGGUAAAAACCCGUUUUUCGCAACCAACGGGUCAUUUUCCUGCGGUUGUCCAUUCACCGUGUUCUUAAUAAAUGGCAUUGGUGUUGCUCUUCAGACGUUUUCUCUAUGAAUAAGGAAACUUGUGUGAGCAGUAAUAUGGUUUUGGUAGUUAUAUGCUUCAUUUCUAUUUCAAAUUAAAAAAAAAAUCUUGAUCAAUCAGAGUAUUGUUUAAAAAUUCUGUACUUCUCUGUAUGUGAUGAUGUGAGUCAUAACUUAAAUGCCUUUACGGCCCCAGGUCUUAUCCUUUUUGAGAACUCAACGGUGCAGUGGCAUUUGUAAUGAUAGUACCAUAACAGUUGUGGUAACAAACAUAGUUGUUAAAAGUCAUGCACUCGCCUAGUUUGUGUUUUUCAGCAGAGAAAACCAUUUGGUUAUGGUCUAGUUUUAGUAGCAGUCCAUAUUCCGCUAGUAGCAACCUACUCAAUUGUUUGUUAUAGUAAUCUUUGUACAACUUUCUGAUAAUUGGCUUUAGGGAAAUGGCUGAAGGCUUAUCAUAACUCAUUAUGUUGAACAGUAAAGUCUUGUGUUACAUUAUGGAAGGGGAUUGCUACUGUUUAGAUUUAAUUAUUCCCUUAAACCAGUGAGGUCUGACUUCUGUUCUUAACUGUGAACUACCUUCAAAGAAGUGCCAAAGACUGCUUUUCUUGAUAAUCGUCUAAAUACAGAUGUUCUUUCAGUAAAGUUUUAAUAUGAUGAGAAACAUUAACUUCUAAACUGUGUCAUGCGAUCCACUUCAGCCUAUGCUACUUAAACUGAGCUGGUGAGAAUUUCACUAAGACAGUCUUAGCUGACUGUAUUUCUUGGUCUGCUAUGGAAGAGCUGUACGUACAAUAAAAAAAAUAAUCACAUGAUCACAUACAAUGUCAUUUUUUAUACCAAGCAAAAUUCCUAUUCUGUCAUAAAGACAUCAGUAGCCUUACAUACAUGAUUCUUCAUUUGAUUUGCAUAACUUAACAUUUAGAAGAUUGUAAUGUUAGGUGUACUUAUAGCCCGUAUUUGUUACGGAGGUAUCUGUAAAAUUAAUUUUGAUAUUAGGAGAAUUCUUAUGUUCAUGGUCUUCAGAGAAUUGUUAUCUGAUUAAUAGAUUCAAUAUCUUUGUCAUGGUUUUAUACUUCAGGACAUUUCGAAAAAACCCCAGACUAAAGCAUAAAAUUAUGCUUGACUAAUAAUGCUGAGUAACUUUUCUUCUGCAGUGCAGUGAAUGGGGAGAAUAAUAAUUGGUUCCUUUUGCCUGUGUUGAAAAAGUCUGUAUCUAUAUUGUAUGAGUUCUGAUUUGAUUUUUUCUAGCUAUAGCUUGAAUUAAAGUGGACUGCAGCUCCUGAAGCUCCAUAAUGAAUGCCCUUAUCUUUUGAAGUGUAAUAGAACUCCUUUUUUUCUACUUACUAAUUAUGCCAUAGUAUGUAGUUUCUAGAUGUUUACAGAAAAAAUAGAUAACUUUAAGGUUCUCUGCCUCCCCAGAUUGUCAUUGGUCUCAACUUUUUGCAACAGUUACUAUAUUGCAGCAUCUAAGAUAACUUACAUUUUUCUGAUUGAGUCAUGUUUUGUGUGUCUUUAUUGUCAUCUGAGGCUCUUGAGAUAUUAAUACAGGGCUGAAAGUACUCCCACUAUCCCAGCUAUGGAGUCCCACCCACUGAUGAGGACUCCAGGAAGUGAUGUCAGGGAUUCCUUUUGGUGAUGUGGCAAAAAUGUUUCUGUUUAGAAUCCAUUUUAUUUUGUUUGGUUUAUAUCUUGAAGUGAGCUGUAAAACUUAGUUGAGCUUAACUGAAAAGAAAAAUAAGGAUCUUAAUUUGGUAGCAGAGCAUAUACUAAAAAAUAAUUCCUUUGGUUAAUGUUUUCACCUGAGUUCAGAAUCCUGGGCCUUUUACUACACAGUUUUGCUAAUGCAUAAAACUUUUUUUUGUGACUGCUGAGCUCUUCACGUUCAAGAGGGAGAUAAACUCAUUGAAUAAUUCUAGCAGUGGACAGUGUGUUGGUUUAGGUAAUUAGGUAGAAUUUAGUCUGUAACCACUGGUGUACAGAGUCCUGAAAUUAAACUUCUUUGCUAUCUAAUUACUCAGUAUUUAAAAAUCCUAAGCAGCUUUAAAGAAAAUAUUUAUUUUGGUUUUGUUCUUUGCCUUUAGAAUCUGAGGUGACGGGAGGGUGGUGCUGCAGUUCAUAUCUCAAUGCUUAGAUGUUAUAACUCAGCUCCUGCCUUAUCAAGGUGAAGAUGUCUAAUGAGGCUCAUUCCUGCAUUUCUCAAUCAUGUCAGAAGGGGACAGUAUUGGUGAGUCUGUGCAUGGAAAGCCUUCUGUGGUCUAUAGAUUUUUCUCAAGACUUGGACAGAUCUACCAAUCCUGGUUAGACAAAUCUACUCCAUAUACUGCAGUGCGAUGGAUUGUAACUUUGGGUCUGAGUUUUAUCUACAUGAUUAGAGUUUAUUUACUGCAGGGUUGGUACAUUGUGACAUAUGCCUUGGGAAUCUACCAUCUAAAUCUCUUCAUAGCUUUCCUGUCGCCAAAGGUAGACCCCUCUUUAAUGGAAGAUUCAGAUGAUGGUCCUUCUUUACCUACAAGGCAAAAUGAAGAAUUUCGGCCUUUCAUUAGAAGGCUCCCAGAGUUUAAAUUCUGGCACUCUGCCACUAAAGGAAUCCUGGUUGCUAUGGCAUGUACAUUCUUCGAGGCUUUCAACGUUCCUGUUUUUUGGCCAAUCCUUGUGAUGUACUUCAUUAUGCUAUUUUGUAUCACUAUGAAGAGGCAAAUCAAGCACAUGAUAAAGUACAGAUAUAUUCCCUUCACACAUGGCAAGAGGAAAUACAAAGGGAAAGAAGAUGUGGGAAAGACCUUUGCUAGCUAGAAGAUGCAAUCAACCUGUUGACCAAUUCUGCUUCUAACUAAAGGAACGAUUUUGAGCCAUUGUAACAAUGCCUUUUUUCUUCAUAAAAAAUGAUUAACAGAGUGGUGACAAAGCAGUUGAAUUUUCAUUUUAAGAGGAUCUUGCUAUUUUUAUCUGAAAUAUCGGUUUCUUGAAGAAACUGGCAUUCUAACCAAAUUGCAUUGAGUGUAUUACCUUUUGUAAGCAGUUGGUGAAACUUUGGAUAAUCCCAUGGAUUUGGGAUAAUGUAUUUCUUUCAAGAUCCAUUGCACUGGAGCGAUUAAUGGCUUAGAGUUGAGUAUUUUUACAUAGUUCUCCUGCUCAGUAUCACCCUGAAGUGCUGUGCACAUAUGUGGAGGAAAAAUGUAAGAUGGCACACAUGAUGCUGUUUUCUGCUUCAUGGCCUGUGCUAUUUUCAUAUAAGAAUUCAGUAGACCUAUAGAUGCAGAAUUUAAGCCAGUUUCCUAAAUGCAUGGUAUUACUGAGUUAUAACCAAACAAAUAUAGAUAGGAAUAAGAAAUCUCCUAGAUUAUGGGGUUUGCAGUAGGGAAAAAAUACUCAUAAUAGCUUCUAAAGUUACUCAUUUGUGUUGGGUUUCAAUGCCAGUUUCAGCAUUGCAUCUCCAGCAGAUGCUAAAAUUGGGGCUCUUUCAUGAUGACUCAAAACUUUGUUCAAACUCUAUCACAAUUUCCUUUGAGGACCUAGAAUUAUAAAAAUAUAUAUUUUAAUUGUUAUUAGUUGGAGUUUCUUUCAUACUUAGGGGUUUCUUGAUUAAUUUAAGAUGACUUCAUGCAGCCCCUUGAGAAUAUACCCAAGCUGGCCAUAGCAGACAAACGGUGUGGGGUUUAACACAGCUUUUCAUUUUCUAUGGGGAAAAAACAAAAAAAAUCAGAGAUAAAUGACCUGCAUGUAAACUUUUUCAUGUGAUACAACUGCAGUUUUAUUAAGUGACUUUUUAAUUCCAAAAUUUAUUAAAAGACAGUGUCCCCCUUUA